AUGUCUGCAUUACAAAGAUCUGCCAUGUCAACUCGCGUUGCUGGGCUUUCCCGGCAACAAGCCCCGCCACCACAGGCUAAGGCUCCUUGGGCAUUUCCUGACUCCGAACUGGGAGAUGAAGAGGAUGAAGAAGAGGAUGAAGAGGAUGGCUUGGGUGAUCUCCCGCCAGUACGAAUUCCUGGAGCUGGCCCGCCCCAAUCGUGGAGCUACCCGAACAACUCUGCUCGAGAUUAUUCGCCAAUCUCAGCGUUGGGCUUGCUUACUCAGGCUGCGCAAGUGUCGGUAGCCGAGUCUGGAUUGGAUUUCAGGGUGUAUUACACUCCACCAACUGCGCAAGGUCCUGAAGGCACUGUGCUCGUUUGCCACCACGGAGCUGGAUAUUCCGCCCUUAGCUUCGCAUGCUUUGCUCAGGAAGUGACAAAAAUCAGUGGGGGAGAACUGGGAAUGCUCAUCAUCGAUGCUCGUGGACACGGUAAAACUACACCUCUUGACGCAUCAGACCCAAAUGCGGAUGUACUCGAUUUAUCUGUGCUUGCAUCAGAUUUCGUAAAUCUGCUUUGUACUUUGUUCCCCAAGCCGGCCGAGGCACCAUCUCUAAUUCUGCUGGGACACAGCAUGGGAGGAACAGCGGUGGUACACGGAUGCCCGUCACUGUUGGAGAAAGGUUAUCGCGUCUCAGGGGUAGCAGUGUUGGACGUAGUAGAAGGUUCGGCGAUGGAAGCACUCCCGCAUAUGCACAAGCUGCUGGACUCGCGACCUGAUGGGUUUGCAUCUCAAGAAGAAGCGAUCGAAUGGCAUGUUACCACAAACACGAUUAGGAACGUGGCAUCAGCACGGGUUUCGGUACCCUCUUUGGUUGUACCCGCACAGCCGAGUGAUACGCCUGCUAGCCAUGCCUGGAAAUGGCGCACCCCGCUUCGAAAUACCAGCCCAUAUUGGAGAAGCUGGUUCAAUGGACUUUCGGAAAAGUUUCUUGCCGCACGGACGGCGCGGCUCUUGGUCCUUGCGGGUACAGAUCGACUGGAUAAAACUCUCAUGAUUGGGCAAAUGCAAGGCAAGUUCCAGAUGGAUAACCCUGAACGACUUUCUGAGAUAAUUGUUGAAUUUUGGAGGAGAAACGAGCGUGUAGUGGCAGGAAUCAAGAAAGUAGGAGAUGCAUAA